AUGAACAUCCAGCUUCUGAACGCCAGCCGCCGCGCUGUUCUCCGCACACGUCCCACAGUAUCGUCCACCGUGUCAAGGAGAUGGGCCAGCGGCCACGCACCCACGGACUACGGCCGCAUCAUGCGCAGGGCGGGCGGGACUGCUGCCGUAUAUGUUCCCGCGUCUGCGCUUAUUCUGGGAUGGCCAUGGGCUGCCCGCGAGAUUGUCGAGUUCUUUCAAUGA